AAGCCAACGUCAGUAAGGUUUAGACAAAGUGUGGUUUUGUUAACAAAGUAACGUUAACUUGACGAGCUAACGUUUUUGGCAACGCGUAUUUUAGCUACCUGGCGUGAAUUACAAUUCUUGUCGAUAUUGUAUAGUUUAAUACUUCGGUUAGAUUUAAUGACUUGCCGCGUUUCCGUUCUCAUCGGUACUAGGAAAUUCUGGCAUUUCCUACUUGCUAAUUGGUUGUAGUUAUAGGAGAUUCUGGUUCACCGUAUAACGUUACAUGUCAUAGCGAACAAAACUGAAUGAUUUUGCUUCCUAUUGUAGUUAGUCAUGUUAACGUUUGUUUUGGGGACUGGUUGGCUAUGCAGCUAGUGACGUUGGCGCAGGUUUGGGCAAACUAGCUAGCCAGUAGCGUUGGCUUGGUUUAGCUAUCUGUCUCUCUAGUUAAUUAAAAGCACUAGAACAUUAUUUACAGCCACGGGCUUGGAUGGUAUACUUAUUGGAAAUAGUGUGGAUAGUCAGUAUGCAGUAUACUUAUUGGUCAUAGUAUGGGUAUAGUAUGCCAAACGUUCCUGGAUGUCUUACUAAAUUCGCCAAAAUACGAAGUAUACAAACAGUGGACGCUAUUUCUGCACUUUUAGGGCCCAUUUUUUUGGUCACAUACAUGGUUAGCAGAUGUUAUUGUGAGUGUAGCGAACAUGUUAUGUUGGCUGACAAUUUGUUAGUUAUAGUAUCAUUUUGAACCGCAUAUAAUUACUGCAGUAAGUACCGGUGAUAAGUAAGCUAGCUAGCUACCUAACUACAUUUGAUUGGUUUGAUUAUUCACAUCAUUCUUAGACUAGGUAAGUGGUGGUGUAGUGGUCGUGCGUUUCAAUGGACAUUGUUAAUUCACGCAGAAUAACUGAUGCAUUUCCAAACGCUCAACACCCGUUGAAAAUAACCAGUACCAGUAAACUUCAGCAAAAAAAAGCGUCAUUAAAUUGUUGCCAGCAGCACAGUUAGUCACCAACGCUCUGGAUAACAUGACAACAGCCUAACCAGCUCUGCUGGGGCGAGUAAAAUGGUCAGUGAGGUUCUCUCAUUUGUGUCUGGAAGUAGCUAGCCAGCGUUGGCCAGUUAGCUUGGAUGCUUGACUGCCGUUGGGAAGUCAAACCUGCUCAUCGGCCAGAGCGUCCAGUGUGCGGACGGAACGCUCUGACAACGCCCUGAAUUUACGAACACACCCAAAAUCCAUGGCGGUACCUUUUGUGCAGGACUGGGACCUGAUCCAGACGCUGGGAGAAGGAGCGUAUGGAGAGGUGAGGCUGCUGGUGAACAGACAGACAGGAGAGGCUGUAGCGGUGAAGGUUAUUGAUACGUCUCAGGGGAAGGAGUGUUCUGAGAACGUCAAGAAAGAGAUCUGCAUAAACAAGGUUCUGUCCCACCCUAAUGUAGUGCGUUUCUUCGGCCACCGGAGGGAGGGGCCGACUGUCUAUCUGUUCCUGGAGUACUGCAGCGGUGGAGAGCUAUUCGACAGGAUUGAGCCUGAUUUGGGGAUGCCAGAGAGAGAAGCUCACAGGUUUUUCCAGCAGUUGAUGGCAGCUGUGGAAUAUCUCCACAGUGUAGGUAUCACCCACAGAGACAUCAAGCCUGAGAACAUUCUCCUGGAUGAUAAAGAUAACCUGAAGUUGUCAGACUUCGGUCUAGCUACGAUGUUCCGUCACCGUGGGCGAGAGCGGCGUCUGAACAGGCUGUGUGGAACGCUUCCGUACGUCGCGCCUGAGCUGCUCAGCAAAUUAGAGUUCAACGCUCAACCAGCUGACGUCUGGGCCUGUGGCAUCGUCCUCACCGCCAUGUUGGCUGGAGAGUUGCCGUGGGACCAGCCCAGCGAGAGCUGCCAGGAAUAUUCUGAUUGGCUGCAGAAGAAGACCUACCUCUCCCCCUGGAAGAAGAUUAAACACACACCCCUCAGCCUCCUAUCUAAACUACUCCAGGCCUUGCCAGAAGAGAGGCUGUCUAUCUCUGAUCUCAAGACCGACCCAUGGUUCAGUCAGACCUUCACACCCUUAGCCUCUCACAACAAACUGCUACUCUCUGACAGACUACUACUACACAGGAACAACAGUGAUAGGGUGCAGUUCUCCAGCUCCCAGCCAGACCCAGCGCUCGGUGUGUGGGAGGGAAGUGUGUGUGUCGGAGUGCAAGACCAGGUCAGCUUCUCUCAGCCGGCCAGACCAGACAACAUGUUGCUGGGGAGUCAACUACUGGGCACGCCUGGAGCCAGCCAGACCCCGUGGCAGCGGCUGGUUCGGAGGAUGACGAGGUUCUUUACGACUCUGGACUCUUCAGCUUCCUGCUCCGCUCUGAGGGACACCUGUAUCGACCUGGGCCACACCUUCAAACACACCUGCACCAACCAGGUAACAGUCAGUACUCUGGAUAGACGGAACAAUAAGUUGAUAUUUAAGGUUCAUCUGAUGGAGCUGGACGAGAGAGUUUUACUGGACUUCAGACUAUCCAAGGGCGAUGGUCUGGAGUUUAAGCGUCUCUUCCUGAAGAUCAAACAGAAGCUAAGUGACAUCAUCAGUACCCAGAGAAUACCACUUCCUGUCACAUGAUCAGUUGCCAUCUACAUCAUGGAACACACACACCAGAAGACAUCAGGCGUGUGUUUUACUAUCCUCAUGCGUACCGGAAAUCCCCAAAAUUCCCCACCAGGAUAAUUCUCAUUCGCGGGGACAUUUCCCAGGUCCCUGUGAGGAUAGCUUAAAAUGGUCUAGGGAAAAGGAUUUUGAAUGAAAUACAUUUCAGGUCCCCACAAGGAUAGUAUCACGUAUGGUGUGUGUAGUUGCAGUAGCUGCUACAGCUGGGACCAUAAACAAAUGAUCCUCACUGACCAUACUGAUCACUAAUCACAGGCAUUUAGUUGAAUUGAUUCAUUAUGAUAAGUAGCCUUUACUAGAGAAAUGUCAAGUUUGAAAUGAAAGAAGUGUGUUAAUAUGGGUGAUUGUCAAUGGGACAAUUGAUAACUACAACCAUCAAACUAGUAGUUUAAAUGAGAAUUAAAAAAGAUGGUGGUGCACAAUGUUA